CUUCCAAGCCGAAAUGAUCCCUACAGCACCUAUAAUCGCCAAACUAUCCCUGACCGUCGCACUCAACGGUCCUACUCCUUUCAAAAAACGGAGGAGGUCACUAUGAAUCAGAUUCUUCGACGAACAUCGAACUCAGUCGCACCAAUCACAGUUGAGGCGAUGAGCAGAACUCAUCCGAUUGAACGGCGGCACGACUAUGAACGGCCACCACCGGAUCAGUACGACCGUUCACCACGAGAGAUGAACGACUUCGCGUACCGCAGUAUGCCUAAUGAUGUGCCGCGAUAUCAUCGCGAUGAUGAUUAUCCUACCCAUCCUAUAUCGUACAACAGCGCGAGGUAUUAUGAUCCAGUACAGGAGACCGAUAUCCUUGGUGAUGAUGUGAGUGAGGCGCAAUCCGACGUCUACGGACCGGGCACAUAUGCAGGUAAAUAG